AUGUUUAUGUUCGGUCAGGGAUCUGCAUAUGAUACAGAAAUUGAAACACAUAUGAUUUUGUCAGAACAUAUAAUUUUUACUAUAGCAUGGUGUUAUGGCAUUACUAUAGAUCCAGAAUCUAAAAAUUUUAUGAUAGUAAUGGGAUAUGCAAAUGAUGGAUUAUGUCGACCAGUAAAUGUAAAAUCAUCCCAAAAUGAAUGUAAAGAACUAUAUGGAGUAUUACCCUAUGUAGCACCAGAAGUUUUAAGAGGAAAAGGAUACACUCAAGAAAGCGAUAUUUAUGGAUUUGGAAUUAUUGCAUAUGAACAAAUUGAAGAAGCAGACAAAAUUAAUGAAAAGUUGACAUCAUCAUCAUCAUUAUAUACUGGUCCUACUCUUUCAUAUACUACAAAUCCUCAAGCGGUUUUUACGAGUAGGCUUUUAGAUUUUAAAAAUCUUCCAGAACCAAAAAAUGCUAUUGAUAACAAGGAUGAUGACAAUUCAUUUGGAGAAUAUUCAGAAUCAAUAGAAGCAAUAGAUUUUACUAAACUAGACCUAGGAAAACGGAAACCAUUGAGAGCCCGUCGCUUAAUACGCUUAAACGCUUAA